UCGACAGUGCAAUCACUAAACGUUUGGUUUGACUUUAAGCUUCAUUAAAAUAUAAAAUAACAAUGUGAAGCAGUUUUAUUUGUGUUUGUUAUCAUAUACCAGAAACAACUUACUCUCAACUUGUUUGUGUUUUUUACUCUGUGGCCACUUGUUUUUCAGUUAAUUAAAUUGCUGUGCGCACUUCUGAUAAAAACAGAGAAAACUAGAUACAGUGUAUUAUACGAUCUAGUUUAUCACACGAUUAAAAAAAAGAGGUAGUCAUUGAUCAUCAUGAACGAUCAACAGAAAACAGAAGAAGUGAGUAGCUCGGACGGUAAUUUGAUCAAUCGAGUGACAACAUUUUUGAAAGUCAAAAGUAAAGGCGAUGACCUGGAGUCGCCGAAGGAAGUACAAGAAACUACAAUCCCAACAUAUGUUCGCGAUGAAAACAGUGGCGAACUUAUCCAAACCGAUUUGCCUCCACAUAUAUCAACUGCUGACGAAUCUACCGAGCCUUCCGAGACAACUGAAAGCAUGGAAAAUGUUGGUGUCAGAAACGAGAAAAAAGUUGGUGUCAAAAGCGAGCUGAUUGCACUCUUCGAGGGUAAAGAAAUAAUUUAUCGCCUCGAUCGAGAGUGUCCCGGUUUGUUUGUUAUGAUAAACAACGUUACAUUCGACGACACGAACUAUCUAUCAAAAAGAGACGGAGCCGAAAAAGACAAAGAAUGUUUAAAAAACCUUUUUGAAUGUAUGAAUUACGAGUUUUACGUUCCAAAGGUUCCAAAGACGAGCGGCGGACAAAAAGCAACGGAUGAUAAGUUUCAGUUGCCAGCAACAACUGAUGACUUGACUUUCAAGGAAAUGGAUGAUGUUCUGGACGAUGUUGCUAAAAAGGAAAACUACCAGAGCUUAGUAGUGGUUAUAUCUUCGCAUGGAAACGAUGGAGUGGUCUUUGGCAAAGACCACAAGAAAGAUUCUGCGUUGGAAUUGAAAGUCAGCAAGAUUGUCAAGAAAUUUAUGAACGAAAGUUGGGCGGGAAAACCAAAAGUUUUAAUUUUUCAAGCCUGUCAAGGAGAUGUUGUGGACCUCGGAUACCAAAUAAAAGAAAAAACGAAUCAAGUAACAGAGAGCAAUUUGACUCUCGAAAACUGA